AUGGAAGCUAACACCCAGCUGCUCAGAGUCAUCCAGGAAAUGCGAGCAGAGAUCAGCAAACUGGAGAAGGAGAAUCAAGCCCUCCGCAGGAAACUGGCUUCAGGUAGUCAAAGAGCCGCGGGCUCUGGGGGAGAAUCAGGAGACGAAGGGGAAGAAGAAGUGCACGGACCACAUCCAGCAACCCCUCAUGGUGGUACUCCCACUGAUGCAACACCAACCACGCUGGAACACCAAGGCAAUGUCAUGAUUGUUAGGCGCUAUUCCAUUUCUUCAUCAGUUCAUUCAUUUACUGCAAAUGAUCCCUGGAAAACUAGGAAAAGACAUCCAAAUGGUGGAAUCGUGGAAGCUCAGGGACCAGUUAAGUCACUGACAAGUUCUUCAGUUACAAAGCAGGACAACCAAGACAAGAUGUUGGCUGCAGAUUCUUUUAGCAACGGUAGUUCCAGCCAAAGAGCUUCUCCUGAGCAUGCUUUCAGGUGCAGGGACAAGAUCAAGACGGUCAGCUUCCUGUUACCCAGGAGCAUGUCUUCAUGUUCCAAAAAUUCAAGUUCUUUGAAAUGCUCACCAAAUCAGACCUCCAACCAGCUAAGUGCUAUUGCAGAAUAG